UUGUGUGUCAUGCCACCCGAAUCAGAACGCCGCUGGCAUUGUGGUACGCUUUUUUCGUAUAUAUCACUCAUGGUUCUCACCAAACCCACAAGAAAGCGGUAGGGAAAAUCGUGCCAUUUAUUUAACCGAAACAAUGCGAGUCAAAACAAACCUUGGUCGCGGUUGGGAUCCACGUGAGUCCAAGUCGGAUGCGAUGGCGCUUUUCCCUGUUCUCACACCGGCCGUUCCAUACGGCAACGCAUGCUUUAACGUGACAUUGACAAAUCUUCGACAGUUGUGUACCGAGUUUGCACGUGGACAUGAAAUCUGCAGUUCAAGCCUUGUUACUUCCGCUGAAGAGGCCAAGUCACGGUUUGGUCCGCAUGGUAUUUGGAGUAGACUACUAGAACCUGUGAAGUUUUUUGGUGAGCACAAGUAUUACUUGCAUGUGCUUGUAUCAUGUACAGACGCAGAGGCAUAUCAGGGUUACGUGGAUGCCGUUGAGUCGAAGAUCCGUUUUCUUUGGGCUGGUACAGCAGAGUCACGAGGAUAUGCAUUGGAGAAUGUUCGGCACGUGCGAAUACGGCUCAAUCCACGGCGUUAUGAAGCUCCAGAGGAGGUUGAGACACGAGCUCGUCUCCUCAAAAAGACGUCUCGUAGCAGCGGUGGGGGCAACGGCUCUAUGGAGGUAUCUUCUCAUCAAACUUCCGGGGCGGUGGACGACUCUUCUGCACCAAAGAUAUUUAGUUGUCAUUAUUUUAUUGGCAUGUCUGUGGAUCCGAAGGCACCUUCAGGGAAAAUUGAUCUUGCCCCCAGCAUUAGGGCCUUCCACGGCAUUGUAAGGCAACUACGGCAGUACAAGGAGGGCAUCACGCGACUUCCUGUCAUUACGGUCGAAGACAUAUCAAAAAUACCCGCGUUUGUGAAGACUGCAGUCGGUUUCAAGGAAACUGUGGUGGUGCCGGAUGCGGAUCAUGCGGAUGAUGCAGCAUCUCCCGCUAAGGCCCAUGAUGAGAAUGGUGCGCGCAGCACCGUAGCGGGAGAGAAGCGUACUCGUGAAGAAGGCGAGGUGAAGCACGACGCCGACGCGGCAAUAGAGAGUACGGUUACUGAAGCUUCUUCACCAUCAGUGGCAAACAUUUCUGGGGUAAUUCAUGGGAGGACAAAGAGUGGAGCGGCGAAUAACACAGCAGUUGACGAGGAUGAACCUGAUUUAGAAGAGGCUCUGGGUCUUGGUUUUUGA